AGAGGGCUGCAGUGGACUGUAUGCUUGCCGCGGAUGAACACUCUCUCCGCCCCUGAGGUUGUGCGCCGGACCGGGAAACCCCGCGGAUCAGAGGCGGAGCGCGCAGUGACAGAGAGCCGGGGGUGAGCGGGGGAGGCGGAGCCACGGCACUUCUGCCAGGGCCGCCAUUUUUGCACAGGGAAAAGAGACAGGAUUGAAGGGAUCCAGUUUCUAACUGUCGGCAUAGAUAUGGACAAAAUUGUCGGGUUUUAACAGUCUCUAACUGUACGUUUGGAUUAGAGCACCACGAAGCGAAAUACAAGUGCGAAACCGCGCGAUUUGUAAAGCUUUGUUACACAUCCGCAGUGGAGAGCGAAGUAUUGUUUUGGUUGUGUGGUAGAUCAGGCGGUGGGGUCUCACCCGAGUCACCCGUGUCUUUAUUCACAGUUAUUACAGUGGACAUCAACGGCCUUGUGGAUGCACUUAGAUGUGUGCAAUGAGUGCUGUGGCUGACAUGCCUCAGUGUUUUGGAUUGCUGUGCUCUGGACUCCGUAGGACAAGAGACUCCCAGCACAGAACGUCAUGAGCGUAGUCAUCCCAGUAGGGGUGGACACGGCCAACACCUCAUACCUGGACAUGGCUGCAGGCUCAGAACCAGAAUCUGUGGAGGCGAGCUCUGUGGUAGUUGAGAAGUCCAGCUACCCUCACCAGAUUUACAGCAGCGGCUCCCACCACUCCCACGGCUACAUCGGUCUGCCUUACGCCGACCACAAUUAUGGGGCGCGACCCCCACCCACCCCGCCGGCGUCCCCGCCUCCCUCGGUGCUGAUCCGGCCGGGUGAGGGUUUGUUUGUGUCCGGGGGCCGGCCAGGCGAGAACUUGUUCGUGCCGGGCGGGCAGGACGAGGCGUCGCGUGGCACCACGCUCAGCACCUCGGAAGACGGCAGCUACGGUGCUGACAUCACACGCUGCAUUUGCGGCUUCACCCAUGACGAUGGCUACAUGAUCUGCUGCGACAAGUGCAGUGUGUGGCAGCACAUAGACUGCAUGGGGAUCGACCGGCAGCACAUUCCCGAGACCUACCUGUGUGAACGCUGUCAGCCACGCACCCUGGACCGAGAGCACGCCAUCCUGCUGCAAACCAGGAAGAGAGAGAACAUGUCUGACGGGGACACCAGUGCUACAGAAAGCGGGGAUGAGGUUCCACUAGAGUUGUACACAGCGUUUCAGCACACCCCCACCAGCAUCACACUCACAACAGCACGUCUCGGCAACAAACAGGCUGAUAAGAAACGAAAGAAGAGUGGAGAAAAGGAGCCCCCGGCUACAGCCAGGGCCAAGAAGUCAUUCCGUGAAGGCUCUAGAAAAUCAUCUAGAGUAAAGGGCUCAGCACCCGAGUGUGAGCCGACAGAUCCUCCCUCUCUUUGGGAGAAUAAGAUGAAGUCGUGGAUGGAGCGCUAUGAGGAAGCCAGCAGUAACCAGUACAGUGAAGAAGUACGGAUACUGCUAAGAGUAAAAGAAGCCAGAGAUGGCAAAACGCUGGCCUACAAUACACACACUGCAGCCUUCAAACCACCCGUAGAGAGUCACGUACAGAAGAACAAGCGCAUUCUUAAGGCUGUUCGGGACUUGGCUGCCGAUUCGCUCAUAAUCGAGUACAGGGGGAAGGUCAUGCUACGACAGCAAUUUGAAGCCAAUGGUUACUUCUUUAAGAGGCCGUACCCUUUUGUAUUGUUCUACUCUAAGUUUGACGGUUUGGAAAUGUGUGUGGACGCACGGAGCUUCGGAAACGAGGCCCGAUUCAUUCGUCGCUCCUGCACUCCCAACGCUGAGGUGCGGCACGUAAUCGAGGACGGCAUGCUGCAUUUAUACAUUUACUCUCUGAGGUCCAUGUCCAAGGGGAGUGAGAUCACCAUUGGCUUUGAUUAUGACUAUGGCAGCUGUAAAUAUAAGGUGGACUGUGCGUGUGUGAAAGGCAAUCAGGAAUGCCCUGUGCUCAAGCAUAACUUGGAACCCACGGAGAAUCUGGGCUCUAGCACACGACGGCGCGGCCGCAAGGACAAAGAACCAUCGCAGGAUGAGAGCGGACAGAACCAGAACCUCACGAUGGACUGUGACGGGCCCACUGGCAAAUCGCUCAAUGACGCCAAACAGAGAAAACUCUCUCCUCUCCGGCUCUCCAUAUCUAACAAUCAGGAUCCUGAGUUAAUAGAGGAUCUAGAAGAGAAAACCUCCGUUAGCAAUGAAGUAGAGAUGGAGUCAGAGGAGCAGAUUGCAGAAAGGAGGAGGAAGAUGGGCAGCCCGGCAGAGGAGUCCCAUCGUCACGGCGCAGGGGCUUCCUGCUGCAGAGCUCUGAGAAACAAGGAGGUAAACCUACGCCUUCAUAUCCUGAACGACCCCCAACCCACCCCCUGCCUGUUACUGUACAGGAGAACCCACACACUAACCCCACUGUCCUGUGCUCACCCCAUGCUAGAGGUAGUGAAGGAGGAGCCUUGUCUGAAGCCAGCAAAGGUGAGCCGUAACAAACAGAGAAAAAGCUUCUCGCGGAACCGCACGCACAUCGGACAGCAGAGGCGGCGAGCACGAACGGUCAGCGCCUGCUCCGACUUGCCACCCAGUUCCCCUGGUGACACUUUAGAGCCCUUAACAACAGAGACUCAUGAUGGAGAGUCGCCCUCGGCCCCUGAGGCUGACGCUCCGCCGAUACAUGCCCCUGACACCAGCCCACCCCACAGCGACUCACCCUCCCCAACUUGCCGCAGUGGACAGAAGUACCUCAAAACUAAAAAGCACUUAGUGAGCGAGUGGAUGGGUGUUGACAAACAGGAACAGGGUGCUUCGCGGACUCCAGAGCCUCCCCCUGAAAGGCCUUUGCGGAUCAGUAGUGAUCCUGAGGUCUUGGCCACACAGUUGAACUCUCUACCGGGCAUGGCCUGCAGUUCACACGUCUACAGCACACCCAAACACUACGUCCGCUUCUCAUCUCCUUUUCUGGCCAACCGUAGCCCCAGCACUCUGGGAGUGCCCACGGGGCGGCGGCGCUCGAGAGAAAUGCCUGAAACACCACCUACCACUGGGUCCUGCAAGAAGCGCUGGCUGAAGCAAGCUUUAGAAGAGGAGGGCUCCACCAGCCCAGGUGGAGGGCUCCCUUCUCUGCUGAUGCCUAGUGAGAGCCCUCUCAGCCCCUCUAUAAAUGGCGAGUCCUACAGCCCUCUACCCCUCAACGGCAGUUGCUCACUACCAGAGUUGCCUACCCCUUUGAAGAAAAGGCGCUUAUGUUCACUCGAUCCCUGUAUGUCCGAGACUUCCACCCCAUACGGGUCUCCUUGUGCCACCCCAACCCGAACGGAGUCAACAGAAGCACCAAGCACGGCCCUGCUGCUUACCACGCCUCCUCGGCCACGGCCAGAGGAACCCAGUACUGAGCCCUCAACACCCUUGCAGAUUCCCAACCUCCCUCUGCCACAAGAGAGUGAGUCAUCUAUGGACAGCUCUCCAGAUGGAAGCCGGAGGCCCAGUACACAAGACGUUGAGCGACCUCCUUCGCUGUUGGCAUCACCCAGCGUGAGAAAUGCAGGCUCUGAUACGGGUCCACAGGAAUCUACAAAAUCUAUGGGGUCUCCGAGUCCUCAGCCCUCCCAUGCUGAACCCCAGGAUGCCGCAGUAGAUGAAGGCAUGGAGGUUGAAGGUGGUGGUUCAGAAGCUGCCUCAGCACCCGAGACACCAGCCUCCUCUUACCCUCCCUGGAUGAAGAGUCCAGACCGAGGUGGCCUCUCGUUUUCCCCAGUGAACUCUAAUCUGAGAGACCUCACCCCUUCUCACACCUUGGAGAUGGGGGCGUACAGGCCGGAUUCAACCUCCGCUGGCCCCUUCAGUGAGGCGGCACCCUUUUAUUCUUGCAAUGAGGAGAGCAGCGGCGUGACCUUUACUCGCUCAUUGAGUGGCGAUGGCACAGGGGAGGGAGGUGCUGCAAAGAACCCGCAGAAGAAAAAGGUGUCUCUUCUAGAGUACAGGAAACGUCAGCGUGAGGCACGGCGAAGUGGUUCCAAGGGAGAGUGUGGCUCCCCUGUUUCCACAGCAUCACCAGUAGAUGUUUUCCCUGUCGCAGUGGAAGUGGCCCCUGAGCCACCUGUUCUCACAGCAACGCCAACCCCCAGGACACCUCAGCACAGCGAGGAGCCAGACGCCCCACCUCAGGGGGAGAGAGACGGAGAAGGGCAGUGGACAUCUUCAACAUCAGUAGAGCAGGCCAGGGAGCGAAGCUACCACAGGGCCUUGUUGUUGAGUGACCAUCGCAAGGAUGCAGACAGUGGAGAGUCAGAGGGUGGCGACUCGCAGGUGAAGGAAUGUCCUUCUCCCAAGAGCUGCAAGAGCCCCUUGACACAUGCACCUUGUUCUCCAGCACCCCAGACUGUGUCUCGACCAUCCAAGGAGGAAGAUGGUGAAGCACAGUCUCGUGGUCCUUCUCAGCCUCAGGCACUGUCCGUCCAGCAGUCCAGCACCAAGACUUCGAGCUCCAAACCAGCCGCACUGACGCCCAGCAAGCUCCACUGCGGGCCUUCCGGUGCCUCGCAGAGUCACUACGCUGGACCUUCGCUCAUGCACUCUCCCAAAGCGCAACCCCAAGCUUCACCUUACCGCGGCCAGCGAGCCUUCCUGACAGCUCAGCCUCAGAACCAGCCUCAACCCCAGGCUACAUCUGGCCCGGCCACUUUCCCU